UUAAAUCAAAUAAACGAGAGACAAAAGCACUUAAAAUGAAAGCGCAUUAAACAGCUCCCUGUAAACAUCAAACCAGCAGAUCCAACUCCGGCUUUGUAUCUCUAAUCACUAUUCCUUCGCGUUGUGCACGGUGCGGUGAGAAGUCCAGCUUUUAUAUUCCACAAUAAAAACCAGAAUUUAACACAGCAAACAUGGUGCAUUACGUGAAAAUGGAAGAUGGCAAAGUUAUGCCAAUCCAGGAGAUGCUGAAAAGUAUUGAACGGUACAACCCGGAGCACCUGAAAGUAAUCGAGGAGUAUGUCGAGGAACAAGCUCGGGAUAAUCAGUACGAUCUGGAGGCAAACUUGGCCUGCCUCAAGCUGUACCAGUUCAACCCACACCUGCUGAACCUGGACAUCACGUACAUUAUUCUGCUGAAGGCCCUCACCAACUUUCCGCACACCGAUUUUGUGCUGUGCAAAUGUUUGCUGCUUCCGGCACAGAUGAAUGACGAAACCGUGAAAGAAAUCAUCUAUCUGGCCGACAUUCUGGAAAAAUGCGAUUUCGCCCUAUUCUGGACACGCCUGGGAAAGCAUCCGGAAUACUUUAAAAAGAUCAACGGAUUCAACGAUUCCAUUCGCAAGUUCGUCUGCCACGUCGUGGGUAUCACAUUCCAGACGAUCGAGCGCGGGUAUCUGAGUCGGCUGCUGGGCAAUGUAGAGGACAAUGUACUACGGGCGUGGUUGAAGCGCUACGGAUGGAAGGAGGAAGGUGGACUGGUCACCAUCGCCACGCAGGAAGACAACAUUAAGACCAAGCACAUUACAGAAAAAAUUGAUUUUGAAAACUUGGCGCCACUAAUGGCCAACUGUUUGUAAGCUCUUAACUUUCGGCAGAAACGCUGUAAGAGAACGAUACAAUAAAUUACAACAGUAAUUAACAACAUAAGUUAAUGGAUUUCAAAUUCU